ACAGACGCGCACAGACAGACGCGCACACGCACACGCACACGCGCGCGGCAGAGUGGAGCGGACGUGCGCCGACAUCGCUUCGUGGAUGGCCCUGACAUGGAGGAAGUUCCGUUCCAGAAGGUGCGGACCCGGCGGAGGAAGGGCCGCUGCCCCGGCGGAGCCCCAGUGAGCGCGAUCGCGUGCGAGGACGAGUUCGACUGCAAGGAGCUGGAGGCGCUCUUCCAGAGCUACAACCUGAAGCUGGAGCAGACGGCCACCCUGAAGGCGCUCGGCGUGCUCAUCCUCGCGGCGUCCACGCUCGCGGUGCUCGAGCUGGCGUCGGGUCCGAGCCUCACGGUGGCCAAGGGCUCGCACCCGGUGCACUGCGUGCUCUUCGCGUCGCUCUUCAUCGUGACCAACGUGAAGUACCUGCAGGCGACGCAGCUGCAGCAGAUCGUGCACCUCGGACUGCUCUUCAGCUUCACCUUCGCGCUGCUCUGCUGCCCGUUCUCGGCGAGCGCGCGCGGCACGGACGCGCCCGCAACGCCGGACCGCGGCGUGUGGCAGGUGAUGCUGGUCACCUUCGUCGCGUACGCGCUGCUGCCGGUGCGGACACUGCUGGCCGUGCUCUUCGGCCUCAUGGUGGCUGUGUCGCACCUCAUCGUGACGGCCGCGUCGGGCACGGCCAGGAGACCCCGACUCUGGAGGGCGCUGGUGGCCAACGUUGUUCUCUUCACGAGCGUUAACCUGUCUGGCCUGUUUGUUCGGAUUCUGACCGAGAGGGCGCAGAGAAAGGCUUUCCUACAGGCCCGCAACUGCAUCGAGGAAAGGCUGCGCAUGGAGGAUGAGAAUGAGAAGCAGGAACGCCUCUUGAUGAGCCUGCUCCCCAGGAACGUGGCCAUGGAGAUGAAGGAGGAUUUCCUGAAACCUCCAGAGAGGAUCUUCCACAAGAUCUACAUACAGAGGCAUGACAACGUGAGCAUCUUGUUUGCGGACAUCGUGGGAUUCACGAGCCUGGCAUCACAGUGCACCGCUCAGGAGCUCGUCAAGCUGCUAAACGAACUCUUCGGGAAAUUCGACGAGCUUGCCACGGAGAAUCACUGCAGACGCAUCAAGAUCCUGGGGGACUGUUACUACUGCGUGUCGGGCCUGACGCAGCCCAAGACAGACCACGCCCACUGCUGUGUAGAGAUGGGCCUCGACAUGAUUGACACCAUCACGUCUGUAGCGGAGGCUACGGAGGUGGAUCUCAACAUGCGGGUGGGCCUGCACACGGGCCGGGUCCUCUGUGGGGUUCUCGGUCUUCGCAAGUGGCAGUACGAUGUCUGGUCCAAUGAUGUGACGCUGGCCAAUGUGAUGGAAGCCGGGGGACUACCCGGGAAAGUACACAUUACCCGAGCCACUCUGGAGUGCCUGAACGGAGAUUACGAGGUAGAACCAGGCUACGGCCAUGAAAGAAAUGCCUUCCUGCAGAAGCACGACAUUGAAACAUUCUUCAUUGUGCCAUCCCACCGACGGAAGAUAUUUCCAGGAUUAAUACUCUCUGAUAUCAAACCUGCCAAAAAAAUGAAAUUCAAAACCGUGUGCUACUUACUGGUGCAGCUCAUGCACUGCCGGAAGAUGUUCAAAGCAGAGAUCCCCUUCUCCAACGUCAUGACCUGUGAGGACGGUGAUAAGAGAAGAGCGCUCCGCACCGCUCCAGAGAAACUGCGAAAUCGCACUUCCUUCUCUGCUAACCUCACCCAAAGUACGCCUGGCACACGUGUCAACCGCUACAUCGGCCGCCUCAUUGAAGCACGCCAGACCGAGUCGGAGAUGGCUGACCUGUACUUCCUCACGCUGAUGUACAAGCAGGCUGAGAGAGAGCAGAGAUAUCAUCAGGUUCACGACGAGUAUUUCACCGGUGCUGUGGUCCUCUCGCUGGUCCUCGCUGCUCUAUUUGGACUGGUAUACCUUCUGAUGAUUCCACAGGGCACUGUAGUACUGGUCCUCCUGGUGUUCUGCAUUUGCUUUCUUGCUGCUUCUGUCAUGUACCUGCACAUCACUAGAGCACAGUGUUUCCCAGGAUGCCUCACCAUUCAGAUCAGAACUGCUCUGUGCGUGUUCAUAGUGCUCUUAAUCUACUCCGUGGCCCAGGCAUGCGUGGUGGGCUGUAUGCCAGGGCUGUGGGGUGGGAGAUUCUCCAGCUCCAUCCUCAUCAUCGACUCAGACGGGGUCAACAGGACCAUGGAGGAGUUGCCGUGCGAAAGUGCUCACUAUGCCUUCCUCUUUUGUGUGGUGGGCACACUCACUGUUGCCCUUUUCCUGCGGGUCUCUUGGUUGCCAAAAAUCCUCCUGCUCCUCAUCCUCUGUGUCUUGUACAUCACGAUUUUUGAGAUCAGUGGCUUCCGGAAAUCAGUGGGGGGCGGUACAUUCUAUAUCCGCGGAUACGAGCCCAUCUUGGCCAUCCUGCUGUUUGUCAGCGCCUUGGCACUCCACUCCCGCCAGCUGGACCUGAAGCUGCGGCUGGACUACCUCUGGGCUGCACAGGCAGAAGAAGAGAGAGACGGCAUGGAAAAAGUUAAACUUGAUAAUAAAAGAAUCCUGUUUAACCUCUUGCCCGCUCACGUUGCACAGCACUUUCUUCUGUCCAACCCCAGGAAUAUGGACCUGUACUACCAGUCAUAUGCUCAAGUGGGGGUGCUUUUUGCCUCCAUUCCAAAUUUCAAUGACUUUUACAUUGAGCUGGAUGGCAACAACAUGGGUGUGGAGUGCCUCCGUCUUCUGAAUGAGAUCAUUGCAGACUUUGAUGAGCUCAUGGACAAAGAAUGUUACAAGGACAUUGAGAAGAUAAAGACGAUUGGGAGCACCUACAUGGCAGCUGUGGGUCUGGUGCCCACCAUUGGAAAGAAGACCAAAAAGUCUAUUUCGUCUCACUUAAGCACAGUGGCUGAUUUUGCCAUUGAGAUGUUUGAUGUCCUGGAUGAAAUUAACUACCAGUCAUACAAUGACUUUGUCUUGAGAGUGGGCAUUAAUGUCGGUCCAGUGGUGGCAGGUGUCAUUGGAGCCCGGAGGCCCCAGUAUGACAUCUGGGGAAACACAGUCAACGUAGCCAGCCGGAUGGACAGCACAGGCGUACCAGGGAAAAUACAGGUCACAGAGGAUGUGUACCGCACACUCAAGGUCAGCUACGACCUGGUGUGCCGGGGCAAGGUCAGCGUUAAGGGCAAAGGUGAGAUGCUGACAUACUUCCUGGAGGGGAAGUCACAGGGCUCUGACACGCUUGGACGGUCGGCCAGCCUGAGCCACAGUCUUCACCCCUGUGGCCGGGCCAAUGCACAGGCUCGACUGGGGGCCAGCUGCCCUUCUGUGUCAUCUGUAGCCAGCUUCACAGUGCGAGCCGGCAUUGGGACCAUACAGACCGGCCCAGUAAACAGCACCACCCCGGGGCUCUACCUUCCCUCCGCUGCAAGGCCAACUGCUGACAAGGACUGAGCCCAGUAAGAGGAAUGGCAUCUCCAACUCUGCCUGUAAACUCACCAGAAGGUCUUAGGCUACCGCACAACCAAGGAUCCCUACACUCCAACCAAAGAGAAUGUUGGGUUCUUUUAUUAAUGUAAUACAAAACUGCUACACGUGAAAGGGGUUACAAGGGCUUACAGCCUUUGGCUGGAAGACUGCCCUAACAGAAAAGGGAAAAGCAUUUUUGUAAACAUCUUCCACUUUGACACAACAAUACUGGAUGGCAAAGACGCACUUUUUUGAAUAUCUGUGUCGACAGCCAGCAUGCAUAUUAACGCUUCGUCCAGGGAAUGAAACAUUAUAUUUACAGAACUAAGCAAUGCCGUUGACAUAACUUUCACUGCCGAAGGUAGAAACAUGUCUUCCGUUUAAGCAAUGAUGUUCAACAGAUCUUGCAUUUUUGA